UUAAACCCUCACAGCAAUACCCAAGCACAGUUCUAACAAAGUCGUCAAACACGCCGGAAUUAUUUGGAUUUAUUUAAAAUAUCAAAUUGAAAUUAAAUUUACAACUUUGUUAUAAUUUUCAACAAUUAUUUCUACAACAAUUAUCACUCUCAAGGAAUAUUCAAUAUGAAAUUGGCAAUACAAGCAGAUCCGCCAAAAUAUCUCAAUAAGGAGUUUUUCAAGGCCGCACUCGAGGAUGGUCUGAGAGAUAUGCGUGUCGACAUCAAGAAAAUUGUGUUUGCUGAAUCUAAUGGAGGCGGUGAAAACUAUUGCAGUAAGAUUUAUCGUGCUAAGGCGCUGUAUCGUAGUAGUAAACGACAGUUGGAUGAGGAACUAGCACUGAUAGUGAAAAGUAUUGCCAUAACACCAGCCACACAAUUUCUCGAGGAUUUAGCAGUUUAUUUACGUGAAAAAAUAUUCUAUUUUGAUGUCCUGGGCAAACUAGAGGUUCUAAUAGGAGACGGUUCGAAAUUUGGUGCCAAAUGUCUCUAUACAACACGUGAGCCAAUGCAGACCAUAGUUUUCGAUGACUUAACUCAGUAUGGUUACAAAUUAGCAAGUCGUCAACGAGGCCUAAACGAAGAACAUUGUGUGGUCAUUCUGGAGAAGUUGGGAAAAUUCCAUGCUACAUCUAUGGUCCUAGCAGAGAAAGAUCCCACAGUGCGUGAACACUUUACUACCGGCAUGCUAGAUGAGAAUUAUAUACGCACCAGCAAGCGUUUUAUAGACUUCAUGACUUUGCAGCUGCGCACCUUAGCCAAUGUUGCAUCAAAGUGGACAGGUUAUGACGCUAUAGCUGAAAAAUUACACAGACACUGUGACAAUAUAAUGGAGAACCUUGUUAUGACGGGCAGAGCCAUACCAGGCGAGUUGACCGUAUUAAACCAUGGUGAUUUAUGGGUCAAUAACUUCAUGUAUAAAUACGAUGAGGAGAAUCCCAAAAAACCCAUUGAUGUUAUAUUUGUUGAUUUCCAAAACAGUUUCUUCGGUAGCCCAGGUUGUGACAUAAAUUUUUUCCUCAACAGCAGCGUACAGUUGGAUGUUCUUAUAAAUCGUCGUGAUUUCCUUGUGGAGACCUAUUACAAAUCUUUACGCGACUCUUUGGAAUGCAUGCACUACCAGUACAUACCUACUUUGCAUGAUAUUAAAAUGGAAAUCAGAGCGCGCGAACUGUAUGGCUUUUUCUCAUCAUACGCCUUUCUGCCUAUGGUUGCUAUGAAGAAGGAGGAUUCCUUAGAUAAUUCAAUUGAGGCCAUGACUAAUCAAGAUUUUGCUAAAAAGAAAGUGAAUUUAAUGUUCUCCUCAAAUCCACGCACAACAGACACUUUACGUUAUGCCUUGAAACGAUUUGAUGACUUGGGAAUAUUUGAUUAGUUCAAAACAUAGUUACUUUUAAGUACAAGAAUAUUUUAUUCUAACCUACUCUGUAUUGUUGUUAGUUUAAUUGUUGUUUAGUUUUAGCUUUACUUUUAUGAUAUAUAAUAUUUAUCUAAAAUUUACAUGUACACAUGUUUAUAAUAAUAAAUUGUUAAUUUAAGAUUCAUACUCAUUACAUAGUAUGUUUUAAUAAUAGGUGCGCAGGAUAUAACGAUUAUAGAGUAUAGAUUCAAGCUCCCAGUGAAGCAAGUAACAGUUUUGAAACUACAUUUAUAUUAUAAUACUAUCGAAUUCCGAUUUUGGCAUAAUUGUUUAAUUCGAAAGCUGAAAACUUCAGUAAUAUUUUGUCAAGAAUAAUGAAUAAUGAAAUAUAUUGAUGUAUAUUGGUUCCCACUCC